AAAAUGUCAAUCAAUAUAUAUUAAAUCAAAUUUUCCGUACCACCCCCACCACGCAAAUCGCUACAAGUUGAAUGUAUAUUUAUCUUUAUUACGAAACUAACGCUACAAAUAUUAUUAGGACCAGAAGACCUCAACAUCGACAAGUAUGGCAGACGACCCUUGUGUUUUUCCUCUGAAGUGUGCAGUCCAAAAUUAUGUGUGGGGUAAACUUGGUAACCAGAGCGAAGUUGCUCGACUUUCUCAAUCAGGCAAUCCAGAUUUCAAGCUUCAACAAGAUGUUCCAUAUGCUGAAUUAUGGAUGGGAACACAUCCAAAUGGACCCUCUAAAAUAUAUUUGGAAGGAAUGGAAGAGAAAGAUCUUGGAGAGUGGAUCAGUGAACAUCCAGAACGGUUAGGAAAGGAGACUAAUGACUACUUUAAAGGAGAGUUGCCUUUUUUGUUCAAGGUACUUUCUGUUAGAACAUCCCUCUCAAUUCAAGCACAUCCAAAUAAGAUCCAUGCAGAACUGUUAAACAGAGAAAAUCCAAAUCUUUAUAAGGAUGCUAACCACAAGCCAGAAUUGGCAAUUGCUUUAACACCUUUCCAAGGCUUGUGUGGAUUCCAUGUAAUUCAGGAUGUAGCUAAGUACCUUCAAGAUAUACAAGAGUUUCGUACUGUUGUUGGGACUGAAAAUGCUAUUAAAUUGAUAACUGCCAGCAGAGCUAUUGACAUGGCUUCACACAGAAGUGUGAUGAAAAAUGCUUUUGAAGCAAUGAUGAUGAGAGACAAGGAAACAUUACAAAAAGAAGUGCGGAAAUGGGUUUCAAAGGUUAUGGACAUGGAGGAACAAGGAGAGGAUAUUUCUCAGUACAAUGGAGAGGUGCUUCUAAAACUUCAUAGAGAGUUCCCUGGCGAUGUUGGUUGUUUUGCUGUGUAUUUUCUCAAUCAUAUCACCCUCCAACCUGGUCAAGCUAUGUUCCUUGAUGCAAAUCUACCACAUGCAUACUUGUCUGGAGAUUGUAUGGAGUGCAUGGCCUGUUCAGAUAAUGUUGUACGAGCAGGGUUAACUGUGAAAUAUGUUGAUGUGCAGACAUUGUGCAAAAUGUUGGACUACACUGGUCGGCAGCCACAGAAAGCUAUAUUUGCAGCUAUUCAAGAUACAGAGGACCCUUAUGCUGCUAUUUUCAAGCCUCCAGUAAAUGAUUUUGCUGUUAUCCGUAUUAUGCUUCCGGGAGAUGUGGCUCAGUAUCAACUGAGACCUCUACAAAAUGCCAGUAUCUGUAUUGUAAUUAGUGGCAAAGCUGAGGGAACCACAAGGUCGCUUGCUAACCCUCUGAAACUUCAACCAGGUUCUGUGUUUUUCAUGUCUGCCAAUGAAAUUGUGACUUUAAAACUUGAAGUAGGUAGUAUGCUCUUGUUCCGAGCUCAUCCCAACCUAUAAGUUGGUUAUCUCUUGGAGCAGCGGGUUGGCUUAUUUAGUAGGUCAGUGUUUAUUUUGAUCUCCCAGCCACCCACUACUCGCCUUCUAAAUGGUUAACUCCAAAUAUUAGUAGCUGUUAGAAAGAUUGUAAAUUUGUGAGGAGCAACUUGAAGAAAAUGUUGUAUUGAGCUUAACAGCUAAUUAGACCACAAAACCCUCUUCUUAGCUCCUUAUUGGUAACUAUGUUUUGGUAACCGUGUGUAUUGAAGUUGCUCACUACAUUGGAAAGUUUCAAAUUCAUCUUUCACUUGUUCUCUCCCUCUCUUUCAUAUACAUACACAAAAACACAUGCACCAAACAUAUAAACUUUACUAUAUAAUUUUUUGAUAAUAUCCAUUCAUUUCAAGAAUGUUCUCACUAGUUAUUGUCAAUCAAUAUUAAGAGGAAUUCACAUUGAGGUUUUGCUUUCUAUGUAACUUAGUUUUGAUGGGAUUUUUUUUUUUCAAAUUGGUAUUUUCAAUAGAUUUUCAUAGAUUGUCAUAAUUUUUUUUUUUUUUCUUUUCAAGCUAAGAAAAAGUAUGCUUUCAAGUUGUCUGUAAUGGUUUUGCAUCCACGGUAAAGCAUUCUACAUCUUCUGUAUAUCUCUGCUUAUUUGGAAGCUGAUUUCUGUUACAAGUGUUUUCUAAUCACCAGACCUAUUGAAUUUUCAUCAUUGUCAUUCAAAGAUUUUCAGUUCUUUAGUAUUAAGAAGUUUAAAUCCAAAUUUGUUAUUAAUUUUCAUGAAUUCUUUUUUAUUUUUAUUUAUUGAAAUUAAUCAAACAAAAUUCAAAUGUGAAUCUCAAAAAUUAAUAUUUAGUAUAAUUAUUGGAACUCGUCUAUAUCAAAUUUUGUGCUUUGUUAGAUAUAUUUAUAAUUUCAUGUGAACUUUCUACUGCACCAGUUAACCUUACUUUAUAUUCAUUUUUAAAUUAAAAGAAUAACUGUUUGCCAGCUCAACUAGACAUAUUUCUUGGACAUCUCAGUACAACAGCUGGUACCUGAUAUCUUGAGAAAAUUUACACAUGAAAUUUAGUCUUAAGUUUAGGGUUUUAUUUCUACUUGCUUUCAUAUUUUGCUGGUAUAUAUAUGUUAAUUAUAUCGUCAGAAUAUUUUCUUCUAAAAUAUACCUGCCUGUUUCAAAUGGGCUGAGGAGUAUGCUCUGAGCCAUUCAGUACUGCUCUCUCUCUCUCUUAUAUAUCGAAAUGGACACUAUAGAAUAGUUUAAUUGUUCAUCAGAUGGAUUCUGGAAUAUUUGAAUAGGAUUUCGUACAUGUUGCGCUGAAAUAUUAAAUUUUAUUUCAUUCAGUGUGAUUUGCAUUUCAAGUUCAUUUUGCAAAUUAAUAUUUUAUUGUUCCAGUUACUUUGUUUCAUUCACACAGACAGACACACACACACAUACAGAAACAUUUCAAAAAGUUACCAUUAGUAGACUAAACUUAAUGAAUACUACUCUAUAGUUGUGUGUGGAAAAAUAAGAUAAUAUACCUGCAAGAAUGUUUUGAACAUUUUUUUCUACCAGAAUUUAUUUUUUCACAGACAUUUUUGUAUUCUUGUUGUUAGGUUUAUAAUGAUUGACAGAAAAAGUCAAAAACUAUUUUAUUUUUAGUUUUUGUGUCUAUUUUUUGAGAGCUAUUAAUUUCGUAUUCUAGCUAAUUUCUUAUGUUGUUAUUCCUCCGGAAUGCUGCUUUUUCUGCCACUUCUAUGAAGUUACUAUUGUGAGAAUAUGUUAAAGUUUUGAAAAGAGAGGUUUAAAAAUAUAAAAAAAAAAACGCUUUGGAAAAUGUUGAUGUGCUAUGUUGAACUUUCCAGUUGAAUGAUAAUCCUUUAUACACUAAGGAAAUUAUAUCCUAUUUUAGCUGGCUUUCAAUUUGUUGACAGUGACUAAGGCUUUGAUUAAGUUCAAUUUUAGAUUGCAGUCAUCUCUGAAUGUUUUGUUAAUUUUGAACAAGUCUUUUAUUACUUGACUUCUGUCAACUAAGUGUAACUCUCUUCAGAACAUUUAAUACUUUUUCUCUUCUUCCUGCUGCCUCCUUGUCCAUGUCAUCAUUAAUCCAAGUGCUGACAGGCACUUCCUUUUCUCCACUUCACUUUCAGUUGAGUGGAAUUGGUAGAAUUGUAUAUUUGGAUUUAAACAAAAUGAUUAAAAGGUAAGCUGUAGCACUUAAAAAAAAA